UACAGUUUUUUGCAUUUACCGAUUCCCAAACAGGCUCCAAGAGAAAGGGGCGAGUGCGGAUUGCUAACCAGACAGAUCUUUUUGAAGUGACAGACGCAGAGGGGCUGCAAAUCAGACGGCACUAUUUGAACACCCGAAACACUACUUUGUAACGCAUCCAAACAGCACAAACUGAAACAUUUUGGAUGAAACCAACUAUGUCCCCUCUGAGGAGCAUACUAAGGCAAGGACAUUUCAUCACACUGGCGCUGCUGUCAUGGGCCGCUGUGGAGGCGCAGAGAGGCUGUCCACUGAAAUGCUCCUGUCCUUCCUCGCCUCCCUCGUGUCCUCCUGGUAUCAGUUCGGUUUUGGACUCAUGCGGCUGCUGUCGGGUCUGCGCCAGGCAGUUUAACCAAGACUGCGGCCCUGCAGAGCCCUGCGACCACAUCAAAGGACUGCGCUGCCACCUAAAGGCCGGUGGAGACCCUGACAGGGGCUUGUGUAGAGCUGAGGCUCAGGGUCGCCCGUGUGAGCUGGACGGACGGGUCUAUCAGCACGGCGAGGACUUUCAGCCAACUUGUGAGCAUCAGUGCACGUGUGUUGAUGGAGUAGUGGGCUGCGUCCCGCUGUGCCCGCACCACAUCUCUCUACCCGACUGGCCCUGUUCCCGCCGCCGCCUCGCCAAACUGCCCGGCCGCUGCUGCCAGGAGUGGGUGUGCGAUGACGACAACCGCAUUGCUGAUGUGGAGCCGUUGCCUGACGCACAUUCACAAGAGCACACAGGCCUAACAGGCAACGAGUUACUUGUAGCUCCAUCUACUUCUUGGGACAGCAGUGCGGCAGACUCCUAUCAAGAGUGGAUUUCAUCCUCUAAGUCCCACCCCAUCCUUCCACCCACCUGCUUACUGCAGGUCACUGAUUGGUCCCCGUGCUCAGCCACCUGUGGAAUGGGCGUGUCCAGCCGUGUAACCAAUAGUAAUCCUGAGUGCCGGCUGGUCAGUGAAACCAGGCUCUGUCAGAUACGAGUGUGUGGCGGCAAAUCUGCACCAUCACUGAAGAAAGGAAAGAAGUGUCAGAGAACCACACGAUCCCCGAAACCCGCGCAGAUCGUAUUCGCAGGAUGCUUCACCGCUCGCCGCUACCGGCCUCGUUCGUGCGGCUCCUGCUCAGACGGCCGGCUCUGUGUUCCCUCAGUGACCCGGACGAUCCCUCUUCACUUUCACUGUCCCGAGCCAGAACGAGACGACUUCACCCGCAGCAUCAUGUGGAUCCAGCGCUGCAGCUGCGGUCAAAGAAACGGCAGACAGGGCCUGUCAUCACAAGCAGAGCUCUUCAGUCUGCCCAAUGAUAUACACACAUACACACACUGACAUUAGCUCAAGAGCGCAUUCAUAAGCAAUUUCUCACUUUUCUCACCUGCUGUACCAAAUGUUCUGUGGAAAGUUUUUACCCAGGAUUCAUUUAUGCAUCAAUAACAUUAAUUCCUUAAUAGCAGCAGUCUCAGUAUAACCAUAAUAUGUAUGAAGCUUAGAAACCGUUUUGUUAUCGCUGUUUUAUCAGGUAUCCUGCAGUGACACAAGGGAAAAAUUAUGACUGUAAAGCAGUUAUUUGAGGAAAAACAUACCAUAAUAUAGAGUGCGCGCACACAUACUAAUAACUCAGUACUCAUGCCUUUUUGUUGUAUUCAUAGAAAGACAAAUUUACUGUACAUAGUGUAAAUAUGUAUUAACCCCACUGUACAUAUAUGCUUUUUUGUUUGUUUCUGAUUCGUAUAUAUUUAACAGACUUCAGUUCUUGUGAAGUGUCAUAUUCAGACCUCAGUUUUGCGAGGUGAAUGACAAAUAACAAAUAUGAAGCAAAUACGUUAUGUGUAUUUACAAAAAUAUAUAUAAUUUUGUAAAUAAAAUGUAUUACAGUUUUUGUUUUUUUUUUGGCUUUGUGUUAUCUUUGUAUGAUACUGACAUAUAAGUGAAUAGAAUAGAAUAGAAUAGAAUAGAAUAGAAUAUUUACCAGACUUCAGUUGUAAUGUCAGUUUUUCAUGUGAAUGGCAAAUGACAAAUAUGGAGCAAACUGAUUUAUAUGUAGAAUUACGAUAGUUCUAUUUUGUAAAUAAAAUUAUUUGUGUGUGAUAUUGACAAAAA